AUGGGUGAUGUGAUCCGGAUGCUGGAGCUGCCCUCCACCAAUGAUGCAGAUCUGGUGACCUUGCUGCAGAUGUGGGUUGUCCCUUUGUACUUCACAACGAAGCUUUGCUGGUGGCGGUUUCAGUCUACGUGGGGAAUGUUCUCCAUUCUUACUAGUGACAUCCUCUUCAGAGCUACCCAGAAACGGCUUUCAGGGCAGACACUUCAAUUGGUCUACAAAAGCUUUCUUCUAUUCUAUAAGAUCAGCUAUACGUUUGGUGUAGUGGGUUAUUUGGCCAUUGUGUUUACAAUGUGUGGAUUCAAUCUAAUAUUCAAAAUCAAAUCUAGAGAUUCCCUGGUUUGGGGGAUUGGAACCUUGUUCCAUGGCCUUUACUAUGGAAUAAUAGAGUGAGACUUCGCUGAGAUCUGUUUAGACUAGGUGGCAUCUACUAUGGGGUAAUUCUUCUGUGUCAGCAGGAUGCCCACCAGGAGUCUGUCAGGCAGUAUCUGUGCGAUCUGUGGACAGAAGAUCUUUGUGGCACUUGACAAGAAGGGCUCACCGAAUACGCCUCCCAGUUGUCAGGUUGAGAACCACUGA